AUGACAGCAGCCCUUCGGUUAUUGGCAUACGGUGGUCCAGUGGAUAGAUUGGAUGAAUUCAUAAAGAUUGGAGAGUCCACUGCAAAAGAAGCAUUGUUAAAAUUUUGCAAGAACAUUAUUCAACUUUACAUGGAGCAGUAUCUAAGAACACCAAAUAUGUAUGACACUCAACGACUUAUGAACGAAAAUGCACAAUAUGGUUUCCCGGGAAUGUUGGGCUCCCUCGAUUGCAUGCACUGGGAAUGGCGCGGUUGCCCCGUGGGAUGGCAAGGGCAAUUCACAGGACACGUGGGUACACCUACGUUGAUUUUAGAAGCUGUGGAGAAAGUCUUUGCGAGAGCACAAGAAAGUGUUCGUAAGGAUGUCGAACGUGCUUUUGGUGUCUUACAGGCAAGGUGGGGCAUCACCCAAGGACCAGUUACGUUCUACGACACAGCAGAUCUCAGAAGAAUUAUGAUGACAUGCAUUAUUCUUCAUAAUAUGAUAAUUGAGGACGAGAGGCACAUUGACAUUGAUCCAUGGGUACCUCCCCUCGAUGACGAUGUGUCCCCGAUCGAGCAGAUCAUAUCCCCUACUGUUCUAGCACACUACAUUCAUAUGCGCAUGGAACAAAUACGCGACCAACAAAGUAAUGCAGAGUUGCGAAGAGAUUUAAUGGCUCACAUAUGGCAAAUGUAUGGUGACAUUGACGUAUAA